AGAUGGAUAGGCUUCUUCCUGGAGACCACAGGUGUGGAAUCGAGAGUCGCGCCCCUAGCCGAACGGGCUUCUGAAGCUGGCAGGAUGAAUGUGGGGGUGGCACACAGCGAAGUAAACCCCAACACUCGAGUGAUGAAUAGCCGGGGCAUCUGGCUGGCCUACAUCAUCUUGGUAGGACUGCUGCAUGUGGUUCUACUCAGCAUCCCCUUCUUCAGCAUUCCUGUUGUCUGGACUCUGACCAACGUCAUCCAUAACUUGGCAAUGUAUGUCUUCCUACAUACGGUGAAAGGGACACCUUUUGAAACCCCUGACCAAGGAAAGGCUCGGCUACUGACACACUGGGAGCAGAUGGACUAUGGGCUCCAGUUUACCUCUUCCCGCAAGUUCCUCAGCAUCUCUCCUAUUGUGCUCUACCUCCUGGCCAGCUUCUACACCAAGUAUGAUGCUGCCCACUUCCUCAUCAACACAGCCUCAUUGCUCAGUGUACUGCUGCCUAAGUUGCCCCAAUUCCAUGGGGUUCGUGUCUUUGGCAUCAACAAAUACUGAGGGAUGGGGCUGGGGAUAGCUCCAUGGACAUGGGGAAAGCAUUGGAACAAGGGGCUAUAAUAUCCUUCCCUUCUUCUCCAUACUUUCUUCUAUAUCUUGAUAGCCUGAGAACUAUACAACUUUUCUCAAGCUCCCAGAAAGAGAAGAGAUUGGAAAAUGGGGCUCUUGGCCCAGUCCUAGUAGGGGCAAGUUUCUUUCAAUCAGGAAAGGCAAAUGAGAUAAGGGCCAAAUCAUUGUCUUCUGUAGCAGGAAGCCAUGUUUGGGGCAGCUUGUUUGGUGAUUACAUUUUUCCUUAUCUUCUAUCCCUACCACCUUCUAGCUUUGUUUUGGUGUUUAUUUUCCUUAUAAUAAAGAAAAUUGUUUCA